AUGCGCGCGCAGGAGGCAACGGACAAGCCGGCCGACGGCGCGUACGCGUGGAUGGUGAUUUUCGCGUGCCUGAUCUCGCUGAUGCUAUCAAUCGGAAUCAACGACGCAUAUGGCGUCUACCAGCAGCACUACCAGCUCAACGAGUUCCCGGACGAGACGGCGACGCUGAUAUCGUGGAUCGGUACGGUGCAGUUCCUGGUCAUGUGCUUUUGCGGCAUUUUCUCUGGGUUCCUGUGCGAGCACUUCGACACGCGCGUACUCAAUAGCAUCGGCGCACUGAUUAUGGGCGCGGCGCUCAUCGGCGGGUCGUACUGUACGAGCAUCGGCGGGCUGAUGGCCACGCAGGGGCUGCUCUACGGGCUGGGCGCGUCGUUCCCGUUCGUGGCCGGCACGUCGAUCCCGUCGCAGUGGUUUACGCGGCGGCGUGGGCUGGCGACCGGCAUUGCGCUGGCCGGCAGCGGCAUCGGCGGCAUGUGGAUGGUCUCAGCGACGCAGGCAAUGAUCGACACGCACGGGCGGCCGUGGGCAAUGCGCGUCACAGGCGGCGUGGCGAUGGCGGCUGUGCUGGCCGUCAGCCCGUGGAUGCGCGUACGGCUGGUGCCGGCCAGGACCGAGCACAUUAUCGACUGGGCGCUGCUGCGCGACGCGCGCUUCAAUGUGUUUCUAGCGGCUGUAGUUUUUGUCGUGGCUGCGUAUUUCGGGCCGUUCUACCAGAUGCCAUCGUACAGCGUCGUGGUUCUGCACAAGUCGCAGACCUGGGGCUCCAACAUGGACACUCUGAUGAACGGUAUCAGCGUCGUCGGGCGGCUGGCCGCAGGCUUCCUGGCCGACAGCGUCGGGCCACUUAACCUGUUGAUUGCCAACACCGUGUUGGCCGUGGUCAGCCUGAUGGCGCUGUGGGUGCCGUUCGACUCGGUCGGCACGCUGUUUGCGGUCGACAUCCUGUUCGGCUUUGCCAUCGGCGGUAUGGUGUCGGUGAUCCCGGUCGUGGCCGCGCAGGUGUUUGGGCUGGCGCGGCUGCCGUCGAUCAUCGGGCUGCUGUUUGUCGGCUACGUUGCCGGCGGGCUGCUGGGCGUGCCGCCGAUGAGCGCGCUUCUGGACAACGUCGGGCACCGCACCGACUACACAAGCUCGAUCUGGUACAUGUCUGUGCUGCCCCUGUGCGCGCUGGUGCUGCUGGUGGUGAUGCGGCUGCUGAUAACGCGGCAGUGGAUGGUCAAGAUUUAG